AUGAGUCUCACAGGAGAGAAACCACAUCUGUGCUCUGAGUGUGACAGAAGCUUUACAUAUAAAUCACAGCUUCUUACACAUCAGAGGAUUCACACAGGAGAGAGACCAUUUAUAUGUUCUGAAUGCAGCAAGUGUUUUUCCCUAAAGUCAUCUCUUGUUGUACAUCAGAGGAUUCACACAGGAGAGAAACCAUUUACAUGUUCAGAAUGCAGCCAAUGUUUUCUCUGCAAGUCACAUCUUGUGAAACAUCAGAGGAGUCACACAGGAGAGAAACCAUUUACAUGUUCUGAAUGCAACAAAUGUUUUUCCCAAAAGUCAUCUCUUGUUAUACAUCAUAGGAGUCACACAGGAGAUAAACUAUUUACAUGUUCUGAAUGCAACAAAUGUUUUUCCCGAAAGUCAUAUUUUCUUAUACAUCAGAGGAUUCACACAGGAGAGAACCCAUUUACAUGUUCAGAAUGCAGCCAAUGUUUUCUCUUCAAGUCACAUCUUGUGAAACAUCAGAUGAUUCACACAGGAGAGAAUACAUUUAAAUGUUCAGAAUGCAGCAAAUGUUUUCUAUUUAAGUCAAGUCUUGUUAGACAUCAGAUUAGGAAACAUAUAAAUGCUCUGAGGACCUAA